GAAAACGUCCUUUGGGUGUGCGAAGAGUUGGCCGAGGGGCGGUGCCACAGUGAAAUCUUUCCGUAUGAUUGACAAGCACACUAGCCAAUAGCAUUCCUACAUCUAUACGAGUUGACCAAUGUAACUAGUUGGGGUCGGGAGUUUUAAAUUCCCGGUCAUUGAGCCGCUGUUUUCAGAUGUUCGAGCACCGUAACAUUCUGUUUACCGAAUAACGUUAAGAGUUAACAUUUUUAUUCUGGUUUAUAUUUUUUUAGUACGACGUUUUAAAUGCAAGUUUUAACAGUACAGCUCUUGCCUGCCUAGUGCUUUUUCACCAGUAACGGGCUGUCAGACGAGAUGGAGGUUGGCACAGUAGUGCAGAAUGAAAUGAAAUUUCGGGGGGCUGAAUUUGCUGUCAAGGUCGAGCUGGCGGAGCGGGUACUAAUGGUAGAGAUUUCAGAUGUGGUUACAGCAGACCAAUGGAGAGGAGAGUUUGAUCCUGCUUAUAUUGAAGACUUGACCCGUAAAACUGGAAAUUUUAAACAGUUUCCUGUAUUCUGCAGCAUGCUAGAGUCUGCAGUCAACAAGUCCAGUGAAUCUGUGACCCUUGACCUCUUGACCUAUUCAGACCUUGAGCUUCUGCGGAACAGAAAGUCAGGUGUCGUUGGCCGCCCUCGUGUUCAGCCCCAAUCCCCUGCUCUCAGUGCUAAGAGAUACCUCAUCCUCAUCUACACUGUAGAGUUUGACAGGAUACACUAUCCUCUUCCACUUCCAUAUCUUGGGAAACCUGAUCCAGCAGAGCUGCAGAAAGAGAUUCGAGCUCUGAGAUCUGAGCUGAAAGCACUGGUACGGAGAGGAGAGCACAACGUGUCAGACCAGGAAACACGCAGGCUACGUGCAGAAUUGGCUUUAGUGAGAGAUGAAAAGGAAGCUUUGGCCAAGGCUCUGGAUCGUUUACAGAUGGUUGGUGCCAGUUCCACACCUGGGGCUCAUGGGCUCAGAGAGGUAGUGCACAGCCUAGGGGAACAGCUGCUGCAGGAAAGGGCAAAAAGCCAACGUUCAGCUAGCAAGAGGGGCCAGGAACAGCGCCUCCUACUGGAACAGCUGGAGGAACUCAAAGCUUCAGAGCGAGGUCUUCGGAUACGUGUCAAAAGUUUGACUACCGAGUUGGCCUUGCUACGUCGUGGUCGGGUAACUCCAGUCAUAUCUGGUCGAAGGGGAUUUAGAAGUGAUGGGGAGGUUCAUCUGUCUUUAUCCAGAGAGUGCAGUUUGACCCGUGUAGGGGUGAGAGCUCGAUCGAGCUCGAGGGAGAGGAUGGAGGAUAGGAGCAGGAGGUCAGAGGAGAGAGUGAGGAGGGCAGAUUCUUCAGGGUCUCGGAACUGCAUCUCAAGACCCUCACCAUCUCCAACAGGGUCACAUGUGCCUCGGUUUGAUCCCACGGCCUUCAUACAGGACCGGCAACGGCGCCAAAGAGAGGCAGAGAUGAAAAAUCAGAGGAAGAUUAGAAGGGACAUGUUGGCUUCACCAUCUCUGAUGGAAAGAGGGCAUUCCUGGUCCAGAAAUCCUGUUCCUCAGCUGAUGAGAGGAGGAAGUGCUGGCAGGGGGAGGAGUGUGUCUGUGGAAAGCAGGAGUCGAUGCUCUUCUGAAGGAUCUGUUGCUGAGUUUGAAAAGCUUGCUAAGCCUCUAAAUAGCAGGGGAAGGAAACUGGUGUGUAAUGGUCCAGCUGUGACCAGAGGAAGACACUUAAACAAAAAGGCACAAAGGAUAAGGGCUGCAGACACAUCUAUUGACACAGGUGCUGACCUGUCAGAGAUUGACGCUCGUCUUCAGGCCCUUCAGGACUACAUGCAGGACCUUGACACUGGGCGCUGACUUUUCUGAUUGGAUUCAGAUGUCAAUUUAGGCAUUUUGCACAAGCUAAUACGGAGACUGAAUAACAUGGACAAUUAUUAAUUGUACAACAUAAUUCAAACACUGUGUACAGAUGUAUCUGUAACAUGUAGCUAUUUUUACAUGAAAAUACAAAGAAACUCUCAUGCCAUUUAUAUUCUUUAUCUCUAAUGUAACUUUUGGACUAGUUUUAUGAAAUGCAAUGACAUUUGGUUUUGUAAAGGGGGCUCUUUAGACUGUUGCCAUAUCAGACUUGAAGUAAAUCAGAAGUGUCCAAAAGUAUGACCUCAGGAUAUUAUGUUGAUAUAUAUAUUCCUGUGUGUAUUUUAUGAAUGUGUUUGUUGACCAUUAUUUUGUUUUAUGUAUGUUUUAGCUGCUCUUCCAUUUGUAUGUUUGUGAGAUUCUGAAAAACUGUUUAUAUAUAUAUAUAUAUAUAUAUAUAUAUAUAUAUAUAUAUAUAUAUAUAAAGGAUUUUGCUCUUCAUUGCCAUGCAAAAAAUGUAUCUGAUAUACCACAAUUUUAUAUAAUUUUUAUAAUCCAUCUAGCUCAGCUUGUAGAGCAUAGCACCAGCAACACCAAGCUUUUGGGUUUGAUUACUGAUAAAAUGUAAGCCUUGAGCACACAAGGUUGCGUUUGUUAAAAGCAUCUGCCAAAUGUGUAUAUGAUGCAAAUAUUUCUAUUAUAACAUCAAGUUUUUACCAUUUAAUGUAUGCUAUUUCUGUCAGUCCAUGUCGCUCAUUUGUUUAAUGUGAUACAACAAAAAAUCUUGUAUAUAGAAUGCCAAAGGUAAAAACACUGUAGAUUGACUAUAGAAGAGGAUUACUGAACCUUUAAACCCUUCGUGAUAAAAACAUGGGCAUAGAUUUAUUGUGGUUGUCUGUAGAUGGACACAUCUGCUAUAAUGUAAUAAAAAGCAUAUUAAGAUUUUGAACAACAUGAGGUUAAGUAAAUGAUAACAGAAUUUUAAUUUAUGGGUGAACUUUAGCUUUACUCAUUCAUAUAUGACACAUUCAUAUGCCUUAUUCAUAUGACGAAACGGCUGUCAACCUCACUUUUUUCCACAUCACUCCACCUCCUGUAUCUUGUCCAUUUUUUGGAGUUGUGCCACACCUCUUAACUAUUCCUCGAUCUCUCUCUUAUAAAUAGUGUUACAAAAAAGUACCAAAUGUUUAAAGGCCAUUAGAGACCCUGAUUAUGUGGUUUAUUUUUUUCCACUUACAAAAAUAAUUUUUUUAUUAUUUCAUUAUCUGUAUAAGUUUACUAUCACAAUGAUAUCUGUUUCUUUGUUUAUCACAAGAUUAAUUAGUACUCUA